CCGCUUGCGGUGGAUUACAGUUUAAUCCGAAAGAAGACGAAGAGAGACUGGGAGGCAGAUCGGGUCAGUACCGUACCAAAGCCAACAGGCAGAGAAGCAGCUGAACGAAUCAAAUGGACAUUUCGUGUGUUAUUUUGUAUUGUUAGAGUAGUAGGUUUUUCCUCAAUGAGGAAGCAGCUAAAUUAGCUAGAUCUUCACAGUUUUUCCCCUCUUGUAUCUCCGCUGGCUUCGUCGAUUCUGAUAGAAACUGACAGCAGCUGGAUAGCUACUAAAAGACACCGAAUGCAAAAUAAUAAAAAUAAAAUUAGUCACAAUUUCGUUGACAGAAGCUGAGUUUCCCCCUUUCCCCUUUCCCUCAAUAGUUUUUUUCAUCUUGAAACCAGCCUAGACGAGGAGUCCCAUUUCGGGGAGGGGGGGGGUUGGUGUCCUGGGUCUACUAUUCGGGACCAAAACGGAAAAGAUCACCGCUAGCUAGCAUAGUCGGCUGGCAAAUUUACAUCGCUGGUUACGCCGAGGGACGGUCUCAGCUCGUUAGCUGCCGGACGAGGUCCGGAGAUGUCAGGAAAGGAGAUGAACAAGCAGUCUACCACCGAUCGGCCGAUUAAAGGGGUGCCGUAUCCGCCCACGACGCGCCUCUCCAUGAAGGAGCUCUACGAGAAUGGCAAACCCAAGGUGGAGGUGCUCAAGAGUCACCUGGUGAAGGAGGGCCGGCUGGAGGAGGAGGCGGCCCUGCGCAUCAUCAACGACGGGGCCAGCAUCCUGCGUCAGGAGAAGUGCAUGCUGGAGGUGGAGGCCCCCAUCACGGUGUGUGGCGAUGUCCACGGGCAGUUCUUUGACCUGAUGAAGCUGUUCGAGGUGGGCGGCUCCCCCAGCUACACGCGCUAUUUGUUCCUGGGCGACUACGUGGACCGGGGCUACUUCAGCAUUGAGUGUGUCCUCUUCCUCUGGACCCUGAAGAUCAACCAUCCGACCACACUCUUCCUUCUCAGAGGCAACCAUGAAUGCCGGCAUCUCACAGAGUACUUCACCUUCAAACAGGAGUGUAAGAUCAAGUACUCUGAACGCGUCUAUGAUGCCUGCAUGGAGGCCUUCGACUGCCUGCCACUGGCUGCCCUACUGAACCAGCAGUUUCUCUGCGUGCAUGGUGGCCUGUCCCCCGAGAUCAACUGUCUGGAUGAUAUCAGGAAGUUAGACCGCUUCAAGGAGCCCCCGGCCUUUGGGCCCAUGUGCGACCUGCUGUGGUCCGACCCGGGUGAGGACUACGGCAGUGAGAAGACGUCGGAGCACUUCAGCCACAACAGUGUGCGGGGGUGCUCCUACUUUUACAGUUACCCAGCAGUGUGUGACUUCCUGUUAAACAAUAAUUUGUUGUCAGUCAUAAGAGCGCAUGAAGCACAGGAUGCUGGCUACCGGAUGUACAGGAAAAGCCAGACGACAGGAUUUCCGUCAUUAAUUACCAUCUUCUCUGCACCAAACUACUUAGAUGUAUACAACAACAAAGCCGCCGUGCUGAAGUAUGAGAACAACGUCAUGAACAUCCGACAGUUCAACUGCUCCCCCCAUCCCUACUGGCUGCCCAACUUCAUGGAUGUCUUCACCGGGUCCUUGCCCUUCGUGGGGGAGAAAGUGACAGAGAUGCUCGUGAAUGUGCUGAACAUUUGUUCCGAUGACGAGCUAAUGUCCGAGGGAGAUGACACCUGUGAAGGUGGCACACCAGCCGUGCGGAAGGAGGUGAUCCGGAACAAGAUCCGCGCCAUUGGCAAGAUGGCAAGAGUGUUCUCUGUCCUCAGAGAGGAGAAUGAGAGCGUGCUAACCCUGAAGGGUCUCACCCCCACCGGGACACUGCCACUGGGGGUGCUUUCGGGAGGCCGACAGACCCUGCAGAGCGCCACCGUAGAGGCAGAAGAGGCACGAGCCAUUCAAGGCUUCAACCCUCAACACAAGAUCCAGAGCUUUGAAGAGGCCCGCGGUCUGGACCGGAUAAACGAGAGGAUGCCGCCGCGGAAAGACAGUGUGCAGGCCGACGGCACCUCCGCCAACUCGCUCAGCUCGGCCAACUCGCCAGACAAGAAUGGCACCAACUCCCAGGCAUAGGGCAGCUGCGCCUCUCAGCCCCUCCCUGCUUCCCACCCGCCGCACUCUGUUGUUCCCUGCCCCCCUAUUUUGUCCAGCCCACUGCUAGAAGCCCUGCCCC